ACGCUCAAUUAAAUAUAGUAGGUGUGGUUCAGGGCACGUGCGCUCACAUGGCAGCAGAGAAAGAGAAAGGAGGAAGGGAAAGAGGAGGAGACGGUAGCUUCAAUGAAAUAGUUAAGUAUCCAAAGGGAGAUGAUUUGAGGGUAGUAGAGAAAGAUGUUCUGAUUCCUAAAAUUAUGAGAGAAAAGGCAAUGAAGAGGUGCAGUGCUGAAGUCAAAGAAUUUGAGGACUGUAUGAGAGGAAGGACGAUAUCUGCUGUUUGGGCGUGUCAGAAAACAAACAAGCAAAUGCAAGACUGUUUAACUGCACUCUUUAAGAAUGAGGAAUUUCAAGAAGAAUGCAAGAGAGAGUAUCUUCAAAAAAGAGAAGAGUAUCGUAGAACUGGAAUCAAACAAAAAGACAUUAAAAUGUCAAAUUAAUAAUUAGAAAAU